AUGGCCCUUGUGGGUCCUGAGCAGCGCACAGCCCCCGAGAAGCAGCCCGUGGCAACGCGGAACCGGAGGGGCCCCCCGUAUCCAUGCUCGGGGUGUGAGCAGACCUUCCAGGACAAAAAAGACCUCAAGAAGCAUCAGAAGGUUGUCCACAUUGGGGAGAAGCCCCACGGGUGCACCCAGUGUGGGAAAAAUUUCCAGUUCCGGAGUAACCUGAUCGUCCACCAGAGGCUCCACACCGGAGAGAAGCCUUAUUCCUGCCAGGAAUGCGGGAAGACCUUCCGGUGCAAGAAUAAGCUCACCAUCCACCAGAGAAUCCACACAGGGGAAAAGCCCUACCCCUGCCUGGUGUGUGGGAAAACAUUCAGGGGGAGGCACCCGCUGACCAUCCACGAGAGGAUACACAGAGGAGAGAAGCCCUACUCCUGCCAAGAGUGCGGGAAAUCUUUCAGGGACACCAAAGGCCUGAGGCUCCACCAGAGAAUCCACACAGGAGAGAAGCCCUACCCUUGCCCAGAGUGUGGGAAAAGCUUCAGGUACAGGAACAAAUUCAAAACCCACCAGAGAAUCCACACGGGAGAGAAGCCGUAUCUUUGCCUGGAGUGUGGCAGCUCCUUUCGGGAUAAGAAUCAGCUCAUAAUUCAUGAGAGGCUCCACACCGGGGGGAAGCCCUUUCCCUGUAAUGUCUGUGGGAAAGGGUUUAGAGAAAAGAGGACUCUAAAAUACCAUGAGAGAAUCCACUUGGGGGAGAAGCCCUUUACAUGCCAAGAGUGUGGGAAGGCUUUCAAAUUCAAGAACAAACUGACAGCCCACCAGAGAAUCCACACUGGAGACAAGCCCUAUCCCUGCCAGGACUGUGGGAAAUCCUUCAGGGACAAGCGGGAUCUCCGGGUCCACCAGAGAAUCCACACAGGCGAGAAGCCCUUUUCCUGCAAAGAGUGUGAUAACUCCUUCCGGUACCGGAACCAACUGACAGCCCAUGAGAAAAUCCACGCAGCUGAGAAGGAGGACACAGAGACUCUGAGAAUCACAGUCUUGGAGAAUUACAGUGAUCAGAUCCAUGAAGAAUCCGUGCAAAAGAGAAGCCCCAGCCCUGUGGCAGACAUUGAGGAACCUGUAGAGAUGGUAAACAUUUCAGAGAACCACAGAGAAGUUGUUGCUGGAGAAUCUAAACCAGAAACAAACUUUCCACCAAAUAUGGGGAAAGUUUCAGGGGAUGAAGAGACCCUGGAGAAGAACAGCGACCAAGUCAUUGAAGAACCAAAGCCAGAAAUGAACAGCAUCUCUACUGUGACUGUGGGGGGAACCAUGUGGGAGGGAACCCCCAUUUUCAUAAAGAAUGAGGAGGAUAUUUCAGACUAG